AUGUUUUUAGAAGCUAACAUACCUAUUGUAGGCUCCGCGUCGCUAACAGAUCAGCGCGAUUGGGCGGGAACGGCUGUCGCGCUGGGAUACCAUGGCGUCGCGUUCAACGUCUUUAAGGGACCCAAUGAGAAGGUCGAGCCGCGCGAGCGGUGCGGCGUUAAGGCGGUUCCGAUGGACACUCUGCAGGCGACUCGAGAGAGAGUGCGACUCGCGCUGAAAGGAGCACAGGUACGCCGGGGGGCGGGGAAAGGGGAAAAGGGGGGGGAGGGGGGGGGGGAGAAGGUGGGGGGGGGAGAAGGGGGGAGGAAAGGGCGAGGGGGAGGGGGUGGGCAAGGAAGAAGGGUAGUCUGUUUUCCAGUCGCCUCAGGAACCGACUCGAGAGAGAGUGCGCCUCGCAUUGAAAGAAUCAAAGGUACGCUGCGGAAGGGACGGUGGGGGGGGAGGGGGGGAAGGGGUAAGGGUGGGGAGCACGGGGGAAGGAGCACAGGUACGCGGGAGGGCGCGUGGGGGUUAGAAGAUCAGGAGGGGGAGUGGAAGGGGGAGGGGGCCGCGGGCGGGGGGGACAGGGGAAGGGGGGGGGACGGGGUGGCAGCAGCAUCAAUUUACAAGCCCCUUUUAGACGAAGUCCCGUCCUUCACGCAGCUCGUGCGCAUAACAGCAGCGGUAAAGGAGGAGGAGGGCAGCGCUGAUGCCAUCACUCCCCUUCUAGACGAUAGCCCUUCAUUCACGCAGCUCGUGCGCAUAACAGCAGCGGUGGAGGAGGGCGGGCCUGAGGUGAUAGCAGAGCGCCUGCCGACAGUGGUGGGGGUUGGAUAUGACCUGGCGGCUGUACAACCGUGCCUCAAAACCUGGAUUGGCUCUAAACUUACCCGCCACAGUGGUGGGGAGGGGAUCAGAUACGACCUGGCGGCUCCGACCCUCCCCUGCCGCAAUCAAAGCUGUGAUGCAGGUGACGGUGGUUGUGACGGUGGUUGUGACGGUGAUGGUGAUGGUGAUGGUGAUGGUGAUGGUGAUGGUGAUGGUGAUGGUGAUGGUGGUGGUGGUGGUGAUGGUGAUGGUGGUGGUGAUGGUGAUGGUGAUGGUGAUGGUGAUGGUGAUGGUGAUGGUGGUGGUGAUGGUGAUGGUGAUGGUGAUGGUGAUGGUGAUGGUGAUGGUGAUGGUGGUGGUGAUGGUGAUGGUGAUGGUGAUGGUGAUGGUGAUGGUGAUGGUGGUGGUGAUGGUGGUGGUGAUGGGGAUGGCUUGUGCUUCAGACGUCUCAAAACACUUCUUCAAACAGGUAUCCACGCCUCCCUCUCCUCUAGACACUGCCCCCUCCCCUCUCUCGUCUCCUUCCUCACCUCUCCCUUCUUGAUUCUCUGUUCUCCCCCACACUUCCCCUUUCUCCCCCACACCCCUUCACAGGUAUCCACGCCUCCCUCUCCUCCAGACACUGCUCCCCUCUCCUCUCUCCUCUCCUCUCUCUUCUCCUCUCUCGCCUGCUCGCUUUCCGCUGACUCAUCAAUCCUCUCUCUUUUCCCCUGUUGCUUGGACCCAUCACAGGUAUCCACUCCUCCCUCUCCUCCAGACACGGCCCUCCUCUCGUCUCUCUUCUCUCUCUCCUUCCUCCGCCCCCCCGGCUCCUCCGCCCUCUCUGCUUCUUCACCUCUUGGUUCUCUUCCUCCCCCUCCCUCCUCCCUCUUUUCCCCACACCCGUUCACAGGCAGCAACGCCAUCUACUCCAGACACGGCCCUCCUCUCGUCUCUCUUCUCCUCUCUCUCCUUCCUCCGCCCCCCCAGCUCCUCCAACCUCUCUGCUUCUUCACCUCUUGCCACCACACCUGCCACAACCAUUCCUGGAACUGGCACAGUUAUGCCCGGAGAUACGGUUACCACCAGCGUUACACGGUCGGAGCAGCAGCGGUGGUGGUGUUGGUGUUGCUGGGUGGGGAGCCGUAUGGGAGGGUGACGGCAUUGGGUUGA